UAAUAAAAAUUAGAGCCAUAUUGCAUUAUUGCAUUUCUAUAGUGAAAUUGUUAGUAUGUGUUUAGACAUAUCAGGAAACCAUUUACUCAAGAUUUAAAAGCAUGUGCCAUGGAAAAAGAGUUGGAUCCAGAUGUUAUAAAAGCUACACAAACCUCGCUAGGCAAGUAUGUGAAACGGCCGCCGCUGAAUGAGAAGUUAUUGAAAAAACCACCUUUCAGAUUCUUGCAUGACAUUGUAACAUCAGUACUGAAAACAACAGGAUUUUUUGAAGGAUUAUUUGAGGAGGAAGAAUUGAUAUCUGACAAUGUCAAAGAAAGGGAAAAUAAAAUACAAUUUCUUAAUAAAGUCAUUUACGUCGUUGGUGCAACAACAGGAAAGACGUUAUCAGUUAAGCCUUCUAAAAUAGUAGCUGGUCAGGAAGCUGAAAAAACCAACGACUUACUUCAAUGCCUUGCACAGGCACUAGAUAAAAAACUUAGUUCAGAUGAAGCAGUAAAAAAAUAUAAAGGAGAGAAAAAAUCCACACAGGUAAAUGAAAAGAAACCAAAAGAAACAUUAAAAGUAAAUAAAAAAACUAACGAUACGAAAAAAAUAACAUCAAAAAGCACAGAAAAAGUAACAUCGAAUAAAAAGGAACCAACAAUAAAAGUAACAAAUAAAAAUGAAAACGAUAAAAGUUCCAGCAGUAAAAACCAGAAAGAAAACACAACGAUAAAAAAUGAAUCAUUAUCUAAAAAAAGGUCACAAACCAAAGUCUUAACAAAAAAACCAUCACUUGAAAAAAGUACGAAUCUUGAAGAAGAUAAACAACUACCUCGUGAAAUAAAAAACAAAUUGGGAAAUGACAUAAUAGCAAAAAAUAUGCCGAUAAAUAAUGAAACUUUUGAAGAUUUAAAUACAGAUAUUAUAGAAACAGAUAGAAAUACUACUGAACAAGAACAUCAAGAAUCCGUGACAAUUAAUAAUGAUCAACAGGAUGUUGAUAGCUUUCAGGCAAUUGACAACAAAUUAAAUUCAUCAUUAUCUUCACAAGAAUUGAUGGAAAUCGAAAAAGAUAAGGUUGAUGAAAAUAUUUCUUUAAUAAAUCAAAAUCAGAUAGAGGUUGAACUUAUUGAAGAUCAUAAGUCUACUGAUUUAAAUAAGAUUAAUGAUGGUAAUGAAUUCGAACAAAAACCAGAUGAAAAUUAUCCAAAUAAACAAUUAUCUAGGAAUAAUAGUAAUGACAUGAAGAGUCACGAAACUACAUCAACAGUAGAGAAAAGUAUUAAUCAGGCUUCGUUUAAAGGGUCUCCAGUAAAAAUCGGAAACCUUGCUAGGCCAUUAAGUAUGCGACCCUCGUCAUCGCGACCUGGAGCACCGCGUUUAAGAGAUAAACACGAAAAUAUUACAUCCGAGCCCGAAAAUUUGAUAGUUGGUAAAGUAAAUAUCAUAGCAGAAAAUACACCCAUAGAGGAGGAAGAAGAUGCAAAUGUCGUUAUUGUUGAACACGAAGUAAUCGUUUCCUCGAACGCAGAGGAUGAUCAGGAACCGGUUAAUUUAUCAUCUGACCAGCACGGCCAUUUGGUGCAACAAAUUUUAGAAUCUCAAAAAGAAUAUUCACAGAUUAGUGGUAAAACUGAAAUCGAAUGGCAUUUUGGUGCCCAAAAAGCACGAGAAGCAGUAAAUCGGGAAAUAGAGCAACUCAGGUACAACGUACAAGCUCUUUCACGUGUCACCAAUCCAUUGGGUAAAAUAUUGGAUCACGUUCAGGAAGAUGUAGAAGUUAUGCGUCAAGAACUUCAGCAAUGGACCAAAACUUAUGAAGAAACAUCGAAGCAGUUAUCGAAACAAAAACUAUCAAAUGAGGAGUCAUUAUUACCAUUGCAUACGAAAGUGAAACAGUUGGAUUUUGAUAUACAAGAGAAAAAUGACAAGAUAAAUGAUCUCAAGGUAGUUAUACAUAAAAAUUCUGUUAGAAUCGAGAAAUUACUGGCGAGUGGAAGCGUGCAAUAAUUUCAUAAAUUAUUAUUUUUAUAGAUGCAAUUUUUAGUAGAUACUGUA